ACUAAGCAAAAUGACACCAUCUUGCUACCUCUUCCUCCUGGCUUCUUCCAUGGCCCUCCUCCUAUUGCCACCAGUAUUGCCCACCAUCAUCCAGCUCCGGUCCGGCGACGACGACAUCAUCACCGAGACAUGCCAAAGGUGCAGGGACGCCAACCCCAACGUCAACUACACCCUCUGCGUCGCCUCCCUCUCCGCCGACCCCUCGAGCCACACAACCAACCUCCACGGGCUGGCCGGCAUCUCGGCCAAGCUCGUGCGGGCAGGCGUGGCGAGCAUGGGUUCUAGCAUCUUGGAACUCCGGGGCAAGGAGGCGGCGGGGUCACCUAGGAGGUCCUGCCUCGACGCGUGCACGGGGGUGUUCAGUGACGCCAUGGUCGACCUCGACGACGCCAUUGCCGCGAUCGAGGAUGGGCGGUACGCCGAUGCCAAGACCAAGAUGAGUGCCACCGCCGACACGCCGGUGACCUGCAAUGAUGAGUUCAAGGAGCAGGGCUUAAAGCCGCCCUUGGAAAGGGAGAGCAGGCGCUUGUUCCAGCAGGCCGUCAUCUCCCUUGCCAUCAUCUCACUACUCUGAACAGAUACUUAUUUAGUUAAUGGGGGUUAUUUGUGUCACAAGUUUGCUUAAAUGGGGUAAAUUUACAGAAAUUCUACUAAACGGAACAGGUUUCUGGAGCCUUCCGGAGCGAAUUGGCCGUCGGCCCUUCACGAAAGCUGGUGGUGCUGACGUCACGGAGGCCGCAAAUGACGCUGCGCUCGUGCGGCGCACCAGCGGCUUCCGUGUUGACACCUUGAGUGCUUUCUUUUGCUCGAAUUUUCUCCCCUCCUUAACAAGUACUUCCUCCGUUCAUAAAUACUCAUCGUGGUCUGCACUAAAACCACGAAAAGUAUUUAGGGAUGGAGGAAGUACCAUCAAAAAUACUUCGUGCGUAAGGAAUGGAGACUCAGCCAACAAAUCUCCCAAUAUCCCUCAAGAUCUCGGUAGCUAGGAAGGAAUUAACUCGAGAGAUCUCGGUUGCCAAAACGAGCACAAUUCAGUCCAUUCGCCCCUGUAUAUAUAGAACCAACAACACGGCCUGUAUAGGUACAGUACAUUGCAGAAUCUCACAACAACACACAAAUACACAUAACAUGGCGAGUGGCAAGAGAUCAUCAUCAGCUGCAGCAGCAGCAGCGCUGUGCCUUCUUCUUCUCCUGGCGAUCUCUUCUUCUUGUGUGGAGGCGAGCCGGUCGAUGAGGGACGAGAAGGAGGAGAUGCUGCAGCACUGCAGGAGGUACAUCAGGGCUGCUCUGCCUGACCCCUUCUUGCAGCCGCAGGACGUUUGCUGCCAUGUGGUCAGAGGCAAGAACGUGCAGGCCAUCUGCGACGCCUUCACGCCGGCGGACCUCGCCGGGAUCAGCCUCCCCAGGUGGGCCGCCGUCACUCAUGUCUGUGGCAAUGCACUGCCCGUAGGCGCCAACUGUGCAGGUUUCAUUGUUCAUUAUGGGGCUGCUGCUGCUGCUGGGGAUAAAGCCUGAUCAAGCAAUGAAGGAGCACUACUCAAAGCAUAUGCAGUAAAAUUACAGUAGUGUGUUUGUGAUAUGAAUGUUCCUAUCACAUUACAAUUUACAACAUAGGUCUGUGCGAGUGCGUGAUGUAAUAUAUAUGUAACCUUGAUUACUUUUAUCAAUCCAAGAAUAAUACAAGGGAUCGAGAUCGAUCAAA